GUUGUCAUGCAGAGCUCUGGUAUCGAGACUUUAGUGGAGGAGCUCUGCUCCAGACUGAAAGACCUUCAGAGUAAGCAAGAAGAGAAGAUUCACAAAAAGUUAGAGGGGUCUCCCUCUCCAGAGGCAGAAUUAUCCCCUCCAGCAAAGGAUCAAGUGGAAAUGUACUAUGAAGCAUUUCCACCACUUUCUGAGAAACCAGUUUGCCUGCAAGAAAUCAUGACUGUGUGGAACAAGUCUAAAGUCUGUUCUUACUCUAGCUCUUCUUCAUCAUCCACAGCCCCACCAGCUAGCACAGAUACUUCCUCUCCUAAGGACUGCAACAGUGAAAGUGAAGUCACCAAGGAAAGAAGCAGUGAAGUACCCACCACUGUGCAUGAGAAAACCCAGAGCAAAAGCAAAAACGAGAAGGAAAACAAAUUUAGUAAUGGCACAAUUGAAGAAAAGCCUGCUUUGUACAAAAAGCAAAUCCGACAUAAACCUGAAGGAAAGAUUCGCCCUCGCUCAUGGUCUUCUGGCUCCAGUGAAGCAGGCUCAAGUUCCAGUGGGAAUCAGGGAGAAUUAAAAGCAUCCAUGAAGUAUGUUAAAGUAAGACACAAGGCACGAGAGAUUCGAAACAAAAAAGGGCGGAAUGGGCAAAGCAGGCUUUCUUUGAAGCAUGGUGAGAAGGCUGAAAGAAACAUUCAUACUGGAAGUAGUAGCAGUAGCAGCAGUGGUUCUGUCAAACAGCUGUGCAAGCGGGGUAAGAGACCUUUAAAAGAAAUCGGGAGAAAAGAUCCUGGGAGCACUGAAGGAAGAGACCUGUACAUGGAGAACAGAAAUGACACAGAGUAUAAAGAGGAGCCCUUGUGGUACACCGAGCCAAUUGCUGAAUAUUUUGUUCCUCUGAGCAGAAAAAGUAAACUAGAGACCACAUACCGAAACAGACAAGACACAAGUGAUCUGACAUCAGAGGCAGUGGAAGAAUUGUCUGAAUCAGUGCAUGGUCUUUGUAUCAGCAACAAUAAUCUUCAUAAAACAUACCUCGCAGCAGGUACUUUCAUUGAUGGUCAUUUUGUAGAAAUGCCUGCAGUUAUAAAUGAGGAUAUUGACCUCACUGGGACCUCAUUAUGUUCUCUACCAGAGGACAAUAAAUACCUAGAUGAUAUUCAUCUGUCAGAAUUAACGCACUUCUAUGAAGUGGAUAUUGAUCAAUCCAUGUUGGAUCCUGGUGCCUCAGAAACAAUGCAAGGAGAAAGUCGGAUUUUGAAUAUGAUUCGACAAAAAAGCAAAGAGAACACAGAUUUUGAGGCAGAAUGUUGCAUAGUGUUAGAUGGUAUGGAGUUGCAAGGGGAACGUGCAAUAUGGACAGAUUCUACCAGCUCCGUAGGUGCUGAGGGCUUAUUCCUGCAGGACCUUGGCAAUCUGGCUCAGUUUUGGGAGUGCUGUUCAUCCAGCUCCGGUGAUGCUGAUGGGGAGAGUUUUGGAGGAGACUCUCCAGUUAGACUGUCUCCCAUCUUAGACAGCACAGUGCUCAAUUCACACCUGCUUGCUGGCAAUCAAGAGCUCUUUUCAGAUAUUAAUGAAGGAUCUGGUAUAAACUCUUGUUUUUCAGUGUUUGAAGUGCAAUGCAGUAAUUCUGUUUUACCAUUUUCUUUUGAAACACUCAACUUGGGAAAUGAAAAUACAGAUUCUAGUGCUAAUAUGCUUGGGAAAACACAGUCUAGAUUGCUAAUAUGGACCAAAAAUAGUGCCUUUGAAGAAAAUGAACACUGUUCUAAUCUUUCAACAAGAACUUGUAGUCCGUGGUCCCAUUCAGAAGAAACACGUUCAGACAAUGAAACAUUAAAUAUUCAGUUUGAAGAAUCCACACAGUUUAAUGCCGAAGAUAUUAAUUAUGUAGUUCCUAGAGUCUCGUCAAAUUAUGUAGAUGAAGAACUUCUAGAUUUUUUGCAAGAUGAAACUUGCCAGCAAAACAGUAGAACUUUAGGUGAGAUUCCUACAUUAGUUUUCAAAAAAACAUCUAAACUAGAAUCCGUCUGUGGUAUUCAGCUAGAACAAAAAACAGAAAACAAAAAUUUUGAAACUACACAAGUAUGUAAUGAAAGUCCACAUGGAGAUGGCUACAGCUCAGGGGUUAUUAAAGACAUUUGGACAAAGAUGGCAGACACAAAUUCUGUGGCUACAGUAGAAAUAGAAAGAACUGAUGCUGAGUUGUUUUCGGCAGAUGUAAAUAACUACUGCUGCUGUCUAGAUGCUGAAGCUGAACUGGAGACCCUUCAGGAGCCUGAUAAGGCUGUGCGGAGGUCAGAGUACCAUCUGUGGGAGGGACAGAAAGAGAGCCUGGAGAAAAGAGCAUUUGCUUCUAGUGAGCUAUCAAACGUGGAUGGUGGUGAUUAUACAACACCCUCUAAACCCUGGGAUGUAGCCCAAGAUAAAGAAAACACAUUCAUUCUUGGAGGAGUUUAUGGAGAACUCAAAACCUUCAAUAGUGAUGGGGAAUGGGCAGUCGUACCACCUAGCCACACAAAAGGAAGUCUGUUACAGUGUGCAGCUUCUGAUGUUGUGACGAUAGCUGGUACAGAUGUCUUUAUGACCCCAGGAAACAGUUUUGCUCCUGGGCACAGGCAGUUAUGGAAACCCUUCGUGUCAUUUGAACAGAAUGAUCAGCCGAAGAGUGGGGAAAAUGGGUUAAAUAAGGGAUUUUCUUUUAUCUUCCAUGAAGACUUACUAGGAGCUUGUGGCAACUUUCAAGUUGAAGAUCCUGGACUUGAAUACUCAUUUUCUUCCUUUGACUUAAGCAAUCCAUUUUCACAAGUUCUUCAUGUAGAAUGCUCAUUUGAACCUGAAGGGAUUGCAUCUUUCAGCCCCAGUUUUAAACCGAAAUCAAUCCUCUGUUCUGAUUCAGACAGUGAAGUGUUUCACCCCAGGAUAUGUGGUGUUGACAGAACACAAUACAGGGCUAUUCGGAUCUCUCCUAGGACUCACUUUCGCCCAAUUUCUGCAUCCGAACUGUCCCCAGGAGGAGGAAGCGAGUCAGAAUUUGAAUCUGAGAAAGAUGAAACAAAUAUUCCCAUUCCUUCUCAAGUUGAUAUAUUUGAAGAUCCGCAGGCAGAUCUCAAACCCCUGGAAGAAGAUGCAGAGAAAGAAGGCCAUUACUAUGGAAAAUCAGAGCUUGAGUCUGGAAAAUUCCUUCCCAGGUUAAAAAAAUCUGGGAUGGAAAAGAGUGCUCAGACAUCACUGGAUUCCCAGGAGGAAUCAACUGGGAUUCUGUCAGUAGGAAAGCAAAAUCAGUGUUUGGAAUGUAGCAUGAAUGAAUCCCUGGAAAUAGAUUUAGAAAGCUCAGAAGCAAAUUGUAAAAUAAUGGCACAAUGCGAGGAAGAAAUUAAUAAUUUUUGUGGUUGCAAAGCAGGUUGUCAGUUUCCUGCUUAUGAAGAUAAUCCAGUUUCUUCGGGACAGCUGGAAGAGAUUGGGAAGAAAGAAAAAGAGGAAAGAAGCAAGAUUCUACAUCAUACCACUACCAUAUUCCUUCGCUUUCUAUUCCCUGUAUUGAACACUGAUAUGCAAGGAAUGAAUAGAAGUCAAGAAAAACAGACCUGGUGGGAAAAAGCCUUGUACUCUCCUCUUUUUCCUGCAUCAGAGUGUGAAGGUGUCUUCUGUUUAUGAAGCAAGAUGUACAGGAGAGAGAGAUUCUGGAGCAAAGUCAGAUGGCUUCCGCAGAAAGAUG